AUGACCACCAGCAAUAUGGAACAUUUUUUCACAAAAAUCCUUUUGGAUUUUGUUAAUGAACAUGAAAUAAUCGGCUAUGAUAUAAUAUCGGAAUUAAAUCGUUUCGAUCAAUAUAUAAAGGGUAGACGAACUAACCCAGCGGUAGCACCAGCAGCAGCACCGGAACACAUUAUCACUGAACCGGAUAUAAAUAUACAAUAUUUAGAAGAAUCGAAAAUUGAUGAAGUUAUAAUGGAUUAUGCCGAUUAUUCGUGGAACAGUUAUGAACAACUCGUAUAUACGUGUAAAUUGUGUUUACACAAGACACAAUAUCAACAGCAACAACAACAACAGCAGUUUACACAUCUCAAUGAAUUUCUAUGUCAUUUGCGCGACUGUCAUGUUGGUAAAAUUAUCGAGGAACAAAAACAAUACUACUUCGAUCGGGAUUGUGAAAAAUUGUGGGUUGCCGAAUUGGAAAGAAUUAAAAAAUACAAAUAUCAGCAUCAUAGCGAGGAAUUUAUGAAAGAAAUCGAUGAGAUUUUGGGAAAUGAUGAAAUGGAAAUGUCUACCAGCAUCGAUUCUUUGGAGGCUGAUGAUAGUCAAAAUUCGCAUAACAGUUCACCAAUAAUGGUAGACUACUUAACACCGCCAACAUCCAGUGGAUCACAGUCACCAACAAAUUCCCAACUAUCGGAACAGUCAGAUAUUUCACAACCCACAACAAGUUCAACAGAUACAAUGAUGACAACGGCAGCAACCAGUGAUGUCAACGCACCAUAUACCGACAACAACAAACCUGUCAAAAAGAAAAAGAAACGUACCUCGGGCCAGUGUGAUGUCUGCAAUCGCACCUUCAAUGACCUCUACAACUUAAGGAUACACAAAAUGAUACAUAGCGGAGAAAAACCCUUUCAAUGUGAUGAGUGUGGUAAACGUUUUCGUCAAUAUAAUAAACUGAAAAUACACUGCAUCACCCAUACCGAUUUGAAACCAUAUGUUUGUGACAUUUGCAAUAAAGGAUUUCGUUUUCGCAAUUAUUUAUCAGUGCACAAACGUUUGCACUCGGGAGAGAAUCCUUAUAAGUGUAAAUUUUGUGAGGAAUAUUUUCAUUCACUGCAUUCGCGACGUUUACACACAAAGAUGAUGCAUUCGGAAGCGAAAACAUUCACCUGUCCCGUAUGCAGUAAAAUUCUAACUGCCCAGUGUUAUUUGAAUGAUCACCUAAAACGUCAUACCAAUCAGCGGGAUUAUAAAUGUGAUAUAUGUGAUAAAUGUUUCUUUAGCCAAUCACAGCUGAAGGAUCAUCAACUGGUCCAUACAAAUGUCAAACCCUACGAAUGUGAUGUGUGUAUGGCUCGAUUUCAACGGAAAUCCAAUUAUACACAACAUUUGAAAAUACAUACAGGGGAGAAGACGUACGUUUGUCACAUAUGUUUUAAGUCGUUUGCCCAGAAUGCGGGACUGUAUGGUCAUAUGAAAUCGCAUGCAAAAGUUAAAGCUAGUAUUGUAAUCCAAUACUAA